AUGAAAGAACGGAUGUUAUGUUCACUCAUUAAUGAUGGAUGGAUGAUUUAUGGAAGGGUGAAUGAAUGGAAGGAUAAAUGGAUGGAUGGAAAGAUGCAUUAAUAAUGAAAGCGGAUGGAUGAUGUAAAAAUGAAUGGAUGUUUCGAUGAGAUAGAUGAUGGAUGGAUGAAAGGUAGACCGAUGGAAGACUAAUGGAUGUUGGAUGGUCGAUGGAAAAAAGGAUAAAUGUAAGAAGGGAUGAUUGUUGGAAAGAUUAAAGGAUGAAUAGAUGGAUGAUUAUGGAAAAAUGGAUGACAAAUGGGUUAUGGAUCGAUGAAAGGGUGGAUGGAAGGAUGACCGACAGAAGACUCUUCGGCUGGAAGGAUGAAAAGUUGGAUGGAUGAAUGGAUUAAUGGACAGAUGAUGCAUUGAUGACAGAGAGGUGAUUGAUGGAUUGAUGGAUGUUGGAUGGAAAAAAGGAUGAAAAGGUGGAUUGUAAUGUUAGACAGAUGAAAGGAUAAAUAGAUGGAGGGAUGGUGGAAGGAUGGAUGGAAAUAUAUAUAUAAGUGAUGAAAGAAUGGAUGUUGUGUUCACUCAUUGAUGAUGGAUGGAUGAUUUAUGGAAGGAUGAAUGAAUGGAAGGAUAAAUGAAUGGAUGGAAAGAUGCAUGAAUAAUGAAAGAAUGGAUGAAUGAUGUAAUAAUGAAUAAUGAUGACAGAUGGAUGAUGGAUGGAUGAAAGGUUGACCGAUGAAAGACUAAUGGAUGUUGGAUGGUCGAUGGAAAAAAGGAUAAAUGUAAGAAGGGAUGAUUGUUGGAAAGAUGAAAGGAUGAAUAGAUGGAUGAUUAUGGAAAAAUGGAUGACAAAUGGGUGAUGGAUCGAUGAAAGGGUGGAUGGAAGGAUGACCGAUGGAAGCCUGUUUGGCUGGAAGGAUGAAGGGUUGGAUGGAUUAAUGGACGGAUGAUGGAUGAUAAAGGCAAACAAUUAUGAAAGGUGGAAUGGAUAGAUGUUGGAGGGGUGAAAGGAGAAAUAGAUGGAUGAAUGGAUAGAUGGAUGAUAAAUGAAAGGAUGGAUAGAUGGAUGUAAAUAUAUAUAAGUGAUGAUAGAAUGGAUGUUAUGUUCACUCAUUGAUGAUGGAUGGAUGAUUUAUGGGAGGAUGACUAAAUGGAAGGAUAAAUGGAUGGGUGGAAAGAUGUAUGAAUAAUGAAAGAAUGGAUGGAUGAUGUAAUAAUAAAUGGAUGUUUCGAUGACAGAUGGAUGAUGGAUGGAUGAAAGGUUGACCGAUGGAAGACUAAUGGAUGUUGGAUGGUCGAUGGAAAAAAGGAUAAAUGUAAGAAGGGAUGAUUGUUGGAAAGAUGAAAGAAUGAAUAGAUGGAUGAUUAUGGAAGAACGGAUGACAAAUGGGUGAUGGAUCGAUGAAAGGGUGGAUGGAAGGAUGACCGACGGAAGACUCUUUGGCUGGAAGGAUGAAAAGUUGGAUGGAUGAAUGGAUUAAUGGAUGGAUGAUGGAUUGAUGACAGAUAGAUGGAUUUUGGAUGGAAAAAAUGAUGAAAGGUGGAAUGUAUAGAUGUUGGACGGAUGAUAGGAUAAAUAGAUGGAGGGAUGGUGGAAGGAUGAAUGGAAGGAUGGAUGAUAAAUGAAAGGAUGGAUAGAUGGAUGGAAAUAUAUGUAAGUCAUGAAAGAACGGAUGUUAUGUUCACUCAUUGAUGAUGGAGGGAUGAUUUAUGGGAGGAUGAAUGAAUGGAAGGAUAAAUGGAUGGGUGGAAAGAUGCAUGAAUAAUGAAAGAAUGGAAGGAUGGAUGAUGUAAUAAUGAAUGGAUGUUUCGAUGAUGGAUGGAUGAUGGAUGAAUGAAAGGUUGACCGAUGGAAGACUAAUGGAUGUUGGAUGGUCGAUGGAAAAAAGGAUAAAUGUAAGAAGGGAUGAUUGUUGGAAAGAUGAAAGGAUGAAUAGAUGGAUGAUUAUGGAAAGAUGGAUGUCAAAUGGGUGAUGGAUCAAUGAAAGGAUGACCGAUGGAAGACUAUUUGGCUGGAAGGAUGAAAAAUUGGAUGGAUGAAUGGAUUAAUGGAUGGAUGAUGGAUUGAUGACAGAUAGAUGGAUUUUGGAUGGAAAAAAUGAUGAAAGGUGGAAUGUAUAGAUGUUGGACGGAUGAUAGGAUAAAUAGAUGGAGGGAUGGUGGAAGGAUGAAUGGAAGGAUGGAUGAUAAAUGAAAGGAUGGAUAGAUGGAUGGAAAUAUAUGUAAGUCAUGAAAGAACAGAUGUUAUGUUCACUCAUUGAUGAUGGAGGGAUGAUUUAUGGGAGGAUGAAUGAAUGGAAGGAUAAAUGGAUGGGUGGAAAGAUGCAUGAAUAAUGAAAGAAUGGAAGGAUGGAUGAUGUAAUAAUGAAUGGAUGUUUCGAUGAUGGAUGGAUGAUGGAUGGAUGAAAGGUUGACCGAUGGAAGACCAAUGGAUGUUGGAUGGUCGAUGGAAAAAAGGAUAAAUGUAAGAAGGGAUGAUUGUUGGAAAGAUGAAAGGAUGAAUAGAUGGAUGAUUAUGGAAAGAUGGAUGUCAAAUGGGUGAUGGAUCAAUGAAAGGAUGACCGAUGGAAGACUAUUUGGCUGGAAGGAUGAAAAAUUGGAUGGAUGAAUGGAUUAAUGGACGGAUGAUGGAUUGAUGACAGAUAGAUGGAUUUUGGAUGGAAAAAAUGAUGAAAGGUGGAAUGUAUAGAUGUUGGACGGAUGAUAGGAUAAAUAGAUGGAGGGAUGGUGGAAGGAUGAAUGGAAGGAUGGAUGAUAAAUGAAAGGAUGGAUAGAUGGAUGGAAAUAUAUGUAAGUCAUGAAAGAAUGGAUGUUAUGUUCACUCAUUGAUGAUGGAGGGAUGAUUUAUGGGAGGAUGAAUGAAUGGAAGGAUAAAUGGAUGGGUGGAAAGAUGCAUGAAUAAUGAAAGAAUGGAAGGAUGGAUGAUGUAAUAAUGAAUGGAUGUUUCGAUGAUGGAUGGAUGAUGGAUGGAUGAAAGGUUGACCGAUGGAAGACCAAUGGAUGUUGGAUGGUCGAUGGAAAAAAGGAUAAAUGUAAGAAGGGAUGAUUGUUGGAAAGAUGAAAGGAUGAAUAGAUGGAUGAUUAUGGAAAGAUGGAUGUCAAAUGGGUGAUGGAUCAAUGAAAGGAUGACCGAUGGAAGACUAUUUGGCUGGAAGGAUGAAAAAUUGGAUGGAUGAAUGGAUUAAUGGACGGAUGAUGGAUUGAUGACAGAGAGAUGAUUAAUGGAUGUUGGCUGGAAAAAAGGAUGAAAGGUGGAAUAGAUAAAUGUUGGACGGAUGAAAGGAUAAAUUGAUGGACGAAUGAUGGAUGGAAGGAUGAAUGGACAGAUGGAUGAUAAAUGAAAGGAUGAAUAGAUGGAUGGAAAUAUAUAUAUAUAUAUAUAAGUGAUGAAAGAACCGAUGUUAUGUCACUAGUUGAUGAUGGAUGGAUGAAUGAAUGGAAGGAUAAAUGGAUGGAUGGAAAGAUGCAUGAGUAAUGAAGGAAUGGAUGGAUGAUGUAAUAAUGAAUGGAUGUUUCGAUGCUGGAUGGAUGCUUGAUGACAGACAGAUGAGAGGAUGGAUGAUAGAUAGAUGAUGGGUGGAUUUUGGAUGUAAAAAACGCUUGAAGGUGGAUGACAGAGGGAUGGAAGGACGGAUGGUUGAAAGUUGGAUGAUGAGUGGAUGAGUGGAUGAGUGGAUGCUUUAUGAGCAGCAAGAGUGGGCAGCGGAGCGGUGAUGAAGAUGACUGUUGCAUCAUCCUCUUCAUCAUGUCCUCAGAGGCUCCUCCUGCUGGCAGACAGAAGAUGUUGGUGCUCGCAGGAAAGUAAGAAAGAAGAGCAAGAUGGAGACAGACGCUGAGGAGCAGAUGAUGUUGCAAUGUCAAGACAAAGCAGCCCGGAGUAAAAUUGGCUUCAGUGGUUCAGGCGGGAGCACCUCCUCUGACACUACGACCAACAGCCUCGUCCGGCAGGGCUCGGCCGACUCCUACACUAGCCGUCCGUCAGACUCGGAUGUGUCUCUGGAGGAGGACAAGGAGGCGGUGCGCAGAGAGGCAGAGCGGCAGGCCGAGGCUCAACUUGACAAGGCUAAGACAAAACCGGUCGCGUUUGCCGUCCGCACAAACGUCAACUACAGCCCGAGUUACGAUGACGACGUCCCCGUACCCGGAAUGGCCGUCUCCUUCGAGGCCAAAGACUUCCUGCACGUCAAAGAGAAGUUCAACAACGACUGGUGGAUCGGCCGCCUGGUGAAGGAAGGCUGCGACAUCGGUUUCAUUCCCAGUCCGGUGAAGCUGGAAAACACUCGACUCCUCCAAGAACAGAGGUUGAAACAGAGCAAGUUUCAUUCCAGUAAAUUGGGAGCAAACUCCUCCUCCAGUUUAGGCGAAGCGGUUCCGAACUCCAGAAAGUCUACUCCUCCUUCGUCCGCCAUUGACAUAGACGACACAGGCUUAGACCCAGAUGACAUUGAGCUUCCAGUCAACCUGCGCUCCCCUAAAGCCGCCCCCAACACUGUCAUGUCCCCCUUAGCAAAAGAGAAACGAAUGGCCUUUUUUAAGAAGACGGAACACAUUCCUCCAUACGACGUCGUGCCUUCCAUGCGGCCCGUGGUUCUGGUGGGACCGUCACUGAAGGGUUACGAGGUGACCGACAUGAUGCAAAAAGCCCUCUUUGACUUUUUGAAGCACCGAUUUGAGGGAAGGAUAUCCAUCACUCGCGUCACGGCGGACAUCUCCCUCGCCAAACGCUCCGUCCUGAACAACCCCAGCAAGCACGCCAUCAUCGAGCGCUCCAACACGCGCUCCAACUUGGCUGAAGUCCAGAGCGAGAUCGAGCGCAUCUUCGAGCUGGCUCGCACGCUGCAGCUGGUGAUUCUGGACGCAGACACCAUCAACCACCCAUCACAGCUGGGCAAGACGUCCCUGGCCCCCAUUGUGGUCUACGUCAAGAUCACCUCUCCCAAGGUGUUGCAGAGACUCAUCAAGUCGCGCGGAAAGUCACAGGCCAAACACCUUAAUGUCCAGAUGGUGGCGGCGGACAAGCUGGCCCAGUGCCCGCCCGAGAUGUUUGACAUCAUCCUGGAUGAGAACCAGCUGGAGGACGCCUGCGAGCACAUGGCCGACUACCUGGAGGCCUACUGGAAGAGCACCCACCCCACCAGCUGCGACCCCCCGGACCCCCUGCUGACCAGGCUGCCGGCGGCCGCCCUGCCCUCCUCCAGCAUGCAGGGUGGCGCCACAGAGCACAGAGGAGAGAGAGACUUCUCCAGAGAAGACCAGGCCGAGGAGGAGGAGGAGGAGGACGCCAACCAGGAGGAGAUGCCUCUGAGGACAGUGUCAUCCAGAAGAGGGCAGCACAUCCACCACCGGGAGCAGAACAAUCACCACCACCACCACCAUCACCGCAACAGCAGCCGAGCGAGGGGGCUCGCCCGCCAGGAGACGUUGGACUCCGAGACCCCGGACAGUCGAGAGAGCAAGGACGCCGCUCACGAGGAGCUCCGCGUUCACAUCCUCCAGCAUCAGGAGGGCGAGGAGGACAGGGAUUUCGGGGCGCCUCACCGGGACCACAACCACCAUCACCACCACCACCACCACCACCAGCGCGGUGGCGGGCAGGACGAGGGCGGCCACCACCGCUCCAAAGAGCGCGAACAGGACCACAAUGAACGAAACAAACAGCGCACUCACCACCAUCACCAUCACCACAGGCCCACUCGGGACCACCACCACUACUACGACCCGGACCAAGAUGGCGGUUUGGCAGCCAAAAAGAGGAGCGAUGCAGGAGAAUGAGGACCUGGCUAUUUAUGUGAACCUCCACUUCCUUUUUUUUACAGCGGGGCAAAAAAGUAUUUAGUCAGCCAGCGAUUGUGCAAGUUCUCCCACUUAAAAUGAUGACAG